CCCCAUCAACACGCACACGGGGUUGGUUGGAGGGGGCAGCAGCAGCAUCAUCAUCAAGGGCAGCAGGGGGAGCAGCAGCAGCAGCAUCAUCAUCAAGGGCAGCAGCAGGAGAAGCAGCAGCAUUACAUGGCGGCGUCUUGAUGCAGUCGCGGUCUCGGCAGCGUCUUGCACACGUGCAGACCGAGCUGUACCCGUUGAGCCCGCUGGCAGUGACCAACACGGCCUCACCUGGCCCAGCUGUGUCCACGAGGAGGAGCGACGACGUUUGGCCUUUCCCAGGAGGUGAGCGAGGCAUCAUGAGCGGUGUCGGGGAGGGGGCGGCCGAGCCUGGCCCUGCCGAGUCCCGCAAGCGCAAGCUCUCCGGCUCCGAGCCAAUCGGGCCCAGUGUGAAGUGCACGCCGGAGCGGCAAUGGCGCGAACAAGAGAACAAGUACAUCGAGGAGCUGGCCGAGCUGAUCUCGGCCAACAUCAGUGACAUCGACAGCCUCAACGUGAAGCCCGACAAGUGCGCCGUGCUGCGCGAGACGGUCAACCAGAUCCGCCAGAUCAAGAGGCACGAGCAAGAGAAGGCGACGGCUCGCACCCCUGAGAUCCAGCAGUCGGACGUUUCGUCCAGCAGGCAGACCCUCAUCGACAAGGACUCCCUGGGCCCGCUGCUGCUCGAGGCGCUGGACGGCUUCUUCUUCGUUGUAAACCGCGAGGGCAACAUCGUGUUCGUGUCGGAGAACGUGAAGAACUACCUGAAGUACAACCAGGAUGAGCUGAUGAACAAGAGCGUCUACAACAUCCUGCACGUAGGCGACCACGCCAACUUCAUUCGCAACCUCCUGCCCAAGUCGCUCGUGAACGGCGUGUCGUGGCCCAGCGACACCACACAGAGGAACAGCUGCACCUUCUCGUGCCGCAUGCUCGUGCGGCCCCUCCACGACUCCGAGGCGGAGACGGACGUGGCAGCCGGGGCUCCGGGGGCAGUCGGGGUGGCCGGGGCAGCCGGGUCCACUGGGGUGGCGGCUCGGGGCAGCGGACCGGGGGCCGCCCAGGAGGAGCUGCAGAGAUACGAGACCAUGCAGUGCUUUGCCGUCACGCACCCACGCGCCAUCAAGGAGGAGGGAGAAGACCUGCAGUCCUGCCUCAUCUGCGUCGCUCGACCCAUGCCCAGGUCGGAAUCGUUCUCCACGCGGCAAGAUCCCACGGGAAAAAUCGUGGCAAUCGACACGAGCAGCCUGCGUGCCUCGAUGACCGUGGGCUGGGAGGACCUGGUGCGGAGAUCCAUCAAGGUGUUCUACCAGGCAGCUGAAGCCAACAUGUCCCUCGCACGCCGCCACCACCAGGAAGUGAUGAUGAAGGGCAUGGCGACGAGUCCGCCGUACCGAUUCCAGCUGGCGGACGGUACCGUGGUGAUCGCACAGACCAAGAGCAAGCUCUUCCGCAACAACGCCACCACGCAGCCGCACAUGGUGCAGUCCAUCCACAACGUUGUCAGAGAGAAGUCGAUAAUUGGCCAAGACACAAUGGCACAGGCAGUUGGAGCUGGGAAACAAAACAACAGCAACGUAAUGGUCAAUAGCAGCCAGCACCAACACCUGCCAGGCCAACAGCCGAUGUUACCUGUUGGUUCCAGCCAGGAACAACAUCAUCAACAGCAACAGCAGCAGCAACACCAGCAGCAACAGCAACACCAACAACAGCAGCAACACCAACAACAGCAGCAACACCAACAACAGCAGCAACAGCAACACCAACAACACCAACAACAGCAGCAGCAACAGCACCAACAUCACCAGCAACACCACCACCACCAGCAGCAACAGCAGCAUCAGCAGCAACAACACCACCAGCCAGUCAGCAGCCAAGGCUACAGUACAUCUAAUCCCACAGGCCAUCCUACAGGCCAGCCCGGUUUCUGGCGUGCACCGGGCAGGUUUGGAGGGCCUAACGAUGCCACGAUGGGCAGGAGCCCAUCGGCAGCGCAAGCCAACUCGGUGGGCCACCGUUUUGGCGGAAUGAACGGCGGCGAAGGGGCGGUCAGCAUGGCCGGCGUCAUGGGUAACCAGGGCGGCACUAACGUGAGCGUGGGUGGCAGCCCUGCCCGAAGCAGCCCCGGCGCGAUGGUGACGCAGGCCGCGAUGAUGAUGUCGCCGAGGCAGAGGUGCAGCCCCGGCGCGGCCAACCCCGCGCACAGCAGCCCCCAGGGCUCGUUCGAGGCCCCACGGAUGCCGUUCUCUCCGGUGAGCGCCGGCUCGACAGGCGGCAUGCGCUCGCCCCAGGCUAUGGGGAACAUGCGCUCGCCGCUGGGAGCCAUGAACGCCGGCAGUCGGGGCUGCGCCGGUGCCGCUCAGCCCGGCGCGGCCGCGGACGCCCAGCCCGGCGGUUUCGGCAUGGCUAAAAUGUCGUCGCCCGGCCAGAGGAACGUCGGCGCGGCAUCGUCCGUGAGCGCACCGACGCAGCAGCCCAUGUUGCGCAGCAUAAAGGUGGAAGGUGGCGCGCCCACCAUGUGUCUUGGGCAGUCGGAGGCUGCUGCCCAGUCGGGGCAAGCAGAUUCCCUCGGACAGAAAGUGGGCGGUGGUUGCGGUGGUGGCAGCGGAAAAAACAGCAACAGUGGCUGCGUGGGAAAGGACGGCCCCGCAUCUGGCAGCGGGGACUCGAGUGAACCGGGGAGCACUUCGGCCGAGGGCAAGGGUAACAUGAAGCUGCUGCAGCUGCUGAUUGGCGAAGGUGGUGGUGGGGGCGGCUCUGAGCAGUCAGGAAGGGACCAAUUGCACGGGGGCAGGGGCGAGCCCAUAAAGGUGGAAGCCGGAGAGAACGGGAUGCCAACAAAUUCCAGCUCGUCGGCGUCCGGCUCAUCGGGGAUGACCUCCCUGACGGAGAAACACAAGAUCCUGCACAAGCUGCUGCAGGAGAGCGGGACGACUUUGGACGCCGAUAAAAUCAUUGGAGAGGUGGUCGCCGCAGGGAAGACAGAAAAUCUCUCCACGUCGCCAUCGGCGGCGCUGUCAUCAUCCUCCUCCCUGCCGGGGGGCCCGGUCGAAAUCAAGCAGGAGGUGGUGUCCGAAAAAGAAUGCGGCGGCGGCGAGAAUGGGAUGCCGAGCAUCAAGAAGGAGAAAGCCAGCCCCCAGAAGCGAGACAAGGACCACGUGUUGCUGCGGUACCUGCUGGACAAGGAGGAGGGUGGCAAGGUGCAGAAGGAGGAACAGGCGGCGGGCGCGACGGUGAAGGUCGAGGAGUCGCCCACGGGAGGGUGCAGCGGCUCGCGAUCAGCGGGUGCCGACGCAUGCUCCGUGAGCAGCAGCAGCGCCAUCAAGACGGAGCCCGCGGAGAAAGAAAGAAACUCCACCAACGACUUUGACAACCUCGACAGCUUCCUACGGAGCCUGACGUCCGACGCGGCUGUUCGGGACGUGGCCGAGGGUCGGUCCCAGGCGGCCACUACUGCGUCCACGCCCACAACUCCAGUGCCACCCAUCACCCCCUUGUCCUCGACCACGGCUGGGUUUGAGCCGGCGCAGAUGGGCGGCCACGGCGCCACCAGCGCACAGAACAAGCCGUCCGCGCCCACCAAUGAUUUUGGCGCCAUGCCCGGCUCCCCCGCGCCGCGGCCAUCCUUCUCGCGCUCCGUGUCGAUGGACCCGGCGGCCGUGGGACCACGAUGCAGCCCCGGCGUUUACUCGCCGAGCCGGCGCGGACCGAGCCCCUACCCUCCGGGGCUACGCUCGGUGUCUGCCAACCAGGCCUGUCACCCCUGCCAGCCGGGGCAGCCUGGCGUGGCCAACAGCAAGGGCAACGCGGGCAGUCACGGGGUCAUGGUGGGAGGCAUGCCGGGGCCUGGCGGCGGUGUGGCGGUGACGGGAGCUGGCAUGGCGGUGCCGGCGCGCCGAGCGAGCAUGACGGAGGCAGAGGGCGGCUCCUGGGCGGCGCAGGUGUCGCCCGUGGCCGGCGUGGCGAGCGGGGUCGGCAUGCCGUCAUCCCCGGCCGCCGCCCCGUGUCCCAGCGCCGCGUGUGGCCCCGUGGGCCACCCCAUGAAGCCAAGGGUCGGCGCGGUGGGGCGCCCGCUGUCGCAGCAGCAGCAGCAGCCGCCACCCAUGAUGGUUCCCUCCGAGAUGGAGCUGGGCUUGAAUAACUCCCCCUAUGGCCAGCAGCCAGCGUCCAAUCAGAUGCCUCCUUACGGUGACAGCAUGAUGGGAUUGGAACAGGGGUCAAUGGCAGAUGCAAACAGGCAAGCCUUCACGCCGUCACUGGACGAGCUGCUGUGCCCGCCGACGAGCCUGGAGGCGCAAAACAACGAGAAGGCGCUGCUGGACCAGCUGGAUUCGCUGCUGAGCAGCACUGACGAGGUGGACCUGGCAGAGAUCGACCGUGCCCUGGGCAUUGACAAACUCGUGCAGCAGAGUGGAAUCUUGGAUCUGCUGCCAAACCAGCAGCUCAAGGGUGGCGGCAGCAGCGGCCUCCCCAUGGAGAUGGUGAUGAGCCUGGACCAGAAGGCCAAGGCCAUGUACGCGGCGGCCGCUGCUGCUGCGGCCGCCGGGCAGCCGUUCGGGGCCCAGCCAGCCGGCUACCCCCCCCAGAGCCCCCGCAUGGCCGGUCCAGCCACCAUGGCUGGCUACAUAGGGGCCUCGUCGAUGAGGGGCCCCCACCCGGGCGCCAACGCAGCCCAGCUGCGCAUGGUGGGCAGCAGGGCGCCGUUACCGCCGGGGCAGCCCAACGCCAACGUGCAGCUCCGCAUGCAGCUGCAGCAGAGGCUGCAGGCCCAGCAACAGAUGAUGAACCAGAACCGGCAGGUGAUGAUGGGGCCGUACGGCGCGGUGCCCAAUCCCCAGUUACGUGCCAGUGUCACUCCUCAGAUGACGGGCCAGCAGCAGCCUCCGUUAAACGCGCAGAUGCUGGCCCAGCGGCAGAGAGAGCUCAUCAGCCGGCACCGGCAGAUGAUGCAACACCAGCAGCGCGCCAUGAUGAUACGGCAGCAGCAGCAAGGAUAUCCUCCGGGCCCUGGGGGCAUGAUGGGCAUGCCCCGGAUGCCUUCCCAGGGGCAGCAGCAGCAGCAACAACCGCAGACGCAGACUCAGCAACAGCCUCAACCCCAGACCCAGCCCCAGCCUCAACCACAACCACAGCCCCAGCUGCAGCAACAGCAGCAACAGCAGCAGCAACAACAGCAGCAGCAGCAACAGCAGCAACAACAGCAGCAACAACAGCAGCAACAACAGCAGCAACAACAGCAGCAACAGCAGCAGCAACAACAGCAACAACAGCAGCAACAGUAUAUGCCCUACCCAACAUCUCCCAGGGCAUCCAGUGCCACCAUGUUUCCUGGGGGCAUGGGAAGAGGGGCGGCCGCUGUGAACAGAGGCAUGAUGGGAAUCCCGGCGGGCAGCCCUACGGGACGAGAGUUUGGGCAACAGAUGCAGCAGAAUGUGUUCCAGUUCCCGCGAUCAGCCAUGAGCCAGACGUGCGAGCCCGGGUUCAGCUCCCCGACCGCACCCGGAGGUCGCAUGAGGGCGCGGAUGCCGCAGUCUCCGAGCCUGCCCACCACCCCGGAGCUUGGGCCCUGGCAGCAGGGUGGCCACACCAACAACAACAGCGGUGUGUUCCCGCCGACGCAGCAGCCCUUUGGGCAGGAGGGCGACUCCAGCCUCUACAACAACAUGAGCAUCUCUGUCUCCAUGACGACCGGCUCUGCCAGCACCACCUGUGGCAACGGACAAAUGAGCAUGGGCCCCGGACCUAUGCCCAUGCCCACUGAGCAGGGAGGUGUAAUGAGGCAGAGCAUGAGCCAAGAUGGUCACUCGCGCUACGAUCAGUUUGCAGCCAUGUCCGAAGCUGAAAAGGUGCAGCAGGUGCAAGUGUUUGCGGACGUGCAGUGCACCGUGAACGUGCUCGGCAGCAACUCCUACCUGAACCAGGGCAACCAGGCGGCCGGAGCGGCGCCGGUCAAGGAGGGGGCAGCGGAGGACGCAAACAACGCGCAGACACAGCGCAACUCCCUGCUGCAGCAGCUGCUCAUGGAGUGACUUCUUCCCCUGCUGCUCCUCCUCCUCGUCCUCUCUGUUCUGCGCGUGGGCGCCGAAGGAGCCGGCGCAAUUCUUCCGGCCGCAGUCAUCGGUCGAGAUCUGCUGUGCCGAGCGAGUUGCCUCCCGUGUACUGCGCCUACAACCUCGCCCGCAACCACCUCUCCUCUCAAAACCCAAGGAAGCAAAGUUGCAUAGUUGCCGUGUUUUUUUUGCAUCGUGCUCUUUUUCUCAUCGUAUCCAAGAAUGCUUCCAGCUACGCGGUACAGAGAUGUUACUUCGACGCAAAAAAACAAAAACUCCCCAACGGAGUGAUUUGUGCUCACGUACUGCACUACAUGCCUAUUAUGGUGUUUGCUCAUUUGCAAAAAGAAAAAAAAAGUAGCAUCUCCAUUUAUUGAUGCGUACUAUUUUCAUAAGUUUCAAACUGCAAGCUGCGGACUGUUAAAUCAUGAAAAGCCAUACUUGUCUGCCAGCUUGGGAUGGAGAUCCGACUUUGAGACGUCGUUGUGAAGUGUGAACGAAUGGCGCAGCGUCGCCCGUACUGCGGCAUGUCCCAUGAAAUGGGACACGAACGUUUUGUUAUUGACGGCACAGAGAAGCCGAGCAAAAGGACGAACUCAGGACAUGCAGGGAGGCUUCAUUAUGGCCUGCAAAAAAAAAUUGGAACAAUUUUUAACCCGGAGCAUACCCUCGCAAAAAAAUAAUUUUAUCUCGAUGGGUGCUCGCCUGGUUAUAAAAGGACUCGAAUGGUCGAUUCAGAGAGAGUGGUCAUUUGCUGGCAGGGUGACCUCGUGAGGUGGAAUAGAAAGCUUGAAAAGAAGCCAUGGGAUUCCCGCACUGCUCCCCCUUCCUAGGGGCAGUCGGCAGACGUAGACGAUGAUGUGAAUGUAGUUGCGACGCUGGAUGAAAUUCGGCCAAGAUGCAUCACUCCCAGUGGCAGCACAAUCCCUGACGAGCAACACCACCACCACCACCACCAACCCCUCCCUCACCUUCCAGCGAAUGCACUAAAUCCUGUCUGAAUGCUUCAUGCUUUCCCGCAUUGCUUUUACGUUUCUAUGACUUCCUGUAGUUUGUUCCUUAGUUUUUGUGCGUGCCCAGUCUGCUCAAUGUGCUGUAAAUAAAAAUCGCCCAAAACAGAUAUAUUGCUAUAUUUUUACACUCUUAGACCAAAUAAGGAUGCUUGCUGUAGGACAACAGAGAGAAAAGUACAAAGCGUGCGACUCGUUAGGGGAAACAUUUUCAUUGGAUUGUGAUUAGCGGGGUAGUGAGAAGACGCGAGUACAGCUUUUAGCUUAUGCCAGCUUUGUGUGAGCGCAAUGUCUGAAUCGUAAGAGAAGCAAUAAUUUUAAUGGAUUGUUAAAAUGUCAUUUGAACCGAAUAGCCAUAUUAAAACAGGGUAAAUAACGAUGCAAACGUAUCUGUUCAUGCAAGUGUGUACAUGUUGUAGUUUAUUUUGUAUCGCACACUGGAGGUUGGUUGAUUGCAUCAUACAAUCCUCAGUCUCGUACAAUAGGAGUUUUAACUGACAAAUGGGCGAGCAUGACUUAAUCUAAGCCCGACCGCUGGGGGGGGGGUGUUUUUUUUUAACUGGAAGACAGCUAUGAAAACGACACUACACAAUACCACAAAAAAUGGUCUUUGGGAAUGUACACCUGAGUGUACAAAAUGCAUGUAUUUUAAUUGUCAGCAUAGUGGAUCCUAUUGGUCUAGAAAAAGCUACCCAUGCCCUCGACUCUUGCGUUUAUUGGCCUCAAUUGUGUAAUAUGGCUUCCUAAUGGACCACCUCUCCUGUAAUUAAAGUCUGAAUUUGGCUUUUUGGAGGCAGCUUUCCUGCAAUUUCAGCAUACACAGUAUUGUUGUCAGUUUAAAAAAAGUGUUAAGACUGCACACAAGGCAUUUGUUGAAUACAAUAACAAUGAACGACUUCGCAGACAUGCCGUUUUAAAAUAACCUCCCAACUUGCCUUGAAUUUGCAGUUUUAAGCAUCUUUUCAGUGUACUACUGCGUACGUUUUCGCAGUCAUACUGUACGGCUCUGUUUUCAGGUCGUAUCUUAUGGUCCGACGUUUCGCUCCACGUGCUGGGGGGGGGGGGGAGCUUCUUUAGCAAUUGGAGCAAAACGACGAACACCAAUCUGAACGACACGUGGUAACAACCCGAAAACACGUCGGAAAGCUAUAUUUUCAGUGUGCAUAAUGAUAUAGCAAUAAUGAAGUUUUCCCCGAUGUAACUAAACCAUUACCCCAAGUUUUAUGAACAUCGGUAAUCGCUAUCCCCGUUGUAACACGAGAGUUUAUGAAUGUUUGGCACGUCCCGCUCUGCAGCGCACACGACACAACCUACGUAACGGCGGCAGUUCACUGUUUGCGAAGGCAAAAUGUAAGCGUCUUGCGAAUUUAGACAAUUUGUUGAGCAAGCAUACGAGGUCGAUUGUGUAUAUAACUUUAAUGUAUUAAUCAGGAGGCGAGAAUAGGUACCGUGGGAAUUUUAUUUCACAUGGAUUUACACGAUGAUUAAUGGUCAACCAAAUUCAUAGUGCGCAAUGGCACCACCAUCGAUACUUGCCGUUUUUUGACUUUUCCCCCUGCGUACUUUGCAGCAAUGUGUCAUGGCAAAAUGCUUGCUUCACCUGUGCUCUUCCGGCCACAUAUAAACAAGCAGGCGUAUUAAUAAACUCAAGCCGUGUAUCGUCAAUAUUGUGGUUAGAAAGGAGAGAGCAAAACGUUUCAUCAUGGGCAUUGGACUUGUUUUUGCUAAGUGAAUGAAACCGGGGUGAUUGUUGGAAGAGCAAUGCUAGCGCCAUCGAUUGCAGAUGUUUUCAUUAAUAUAUGAAAUAUAUAUUUUAAACGAAAUGGACAUUUUCUGAAAGUGUGUAAAGUUCGGAACAGCUGAAGCCUUUUUUUAUUCUUACCGUAGGUCUAUUAGAUUAUGAAGUGUUUUACAUGUUCCCCUUGAUGAGAAUAUUUUGUACAGGAAUGCUUGUAUAGUUAAAUAAUGUGUAUAAUGCUUGACUGCUUUGCCUAAAAGAAUACAAACUGUUUUCAAUGUAUGUGCAUAUUAUUAUGAAUAGAAAUCUUCAACUAAAACAAAUCUUACUUUCCCCAUUUUUUUUUUACAUUUGUAAGAUGUCCGAUGUGUUCAUGUCUUGUUGGGAGAUGCUUACGAGAUGAGAUUUGUGAAAAAAACUUCACGAUUAUCUUUCUCUGGCUUUCCACCACAGGUAUGCAUGAGUCCAUGUACCAUUUAAAUUGCAUUGAGUCCA